CCGCCGCAGCCUGCCGGUUGGUCGUGCGCGCGCGUGACGUCAUAGGCUGGUCGCGGCCGAGGGACUGCCGGCGUCCGCCGCUCCGCCGCCAGUCGCCUGUAGGUCGCUCCCUCAGCUCCCAUCUCGGCGAGCGCCUCCGCAGAUUCAGGCAGGUAAGAUCCGCGCCCGGUGUGUUGACUUCGCGACCCGUUAGGAAUCGUCUCAGGCGAACGGCACCUUGACUUGACACCAGGAAUUUCGCCCGCUUGUCUUACCUUGACGUCAGUGUUAUUCGGUGGUUCUCUAAGGCGUGACCUCCUCAGGAUGAGGACAUUGGGGGUAGUGACUGCAGUUUGGCUGUUGGUGCUCCUGCGAGACACACAGUCACAAAGUCUUGAUGAGCUAAUUUCUGAGGUGUUCCACAAAAAGUCUGAUACAGACAAUGUGGCAACUCCUGCUCCACCUCCACCUCCCGAGACUUCUACAAGCAGGGUCAUCGAUGAACAAGAAGAAUCAGACUGCGAAUGUGUGCCGUAUUAUCAAUGCAGCGACAAUGGCACUAUCAUCGAUGAUGGAGUUGGGCUUAUUGAUAUAAGGUUGGGCUCUAGGUCUUCUCAUUCUAAAGAACCCUGUUCUUGUACACCUGGAGGAAUUAAAGAUGGACCUUGUUCAGAUUAUUUAGAUGUCUGUUGCAAGAAACCUCGAACAGAACAUAUCACUCCAAAGCCGGUGGAGAGACGUGGUUGUGGAGAGAGACAUCCCGAUGGAGUGGGAUUUCGAAUCACAGGAGAUGAGGACAGUGAGGCUCAAUUUGGAGAGUUCCCAUGGAUGAUAGCUGUUCUCAGAGAUACAGAUGAAAAGAAGAAUGUUUAUCAGUGUGGAGGUGCUCUUAUUCACCCAAAAGCAGUGAUUACAGCUGCACAUUGUGUUGUUGGGAAGAGGCCUUCUCAAAUGAAAAUUCGGGCAGGAGAAUGGGACACACAAACUAAAAAUGAAUUGUUUCCUCAUCAAGAUAGAAAAGUAUCUCAUAUCUUAGCUCAUCGUGAAUAUUACGCAGGAGCAUUGUACAAUGAUGUUGCACUAAUGAUUCUUGAAGAGCCUGUUGAUAUGGCAGAAAAUGUUGAUGUAAUUUGCCUUCCAAAAAAAGGAACAGUAUUUGAUAAAACACGCUGUGUAGCUAGUGGUUGGGGAAAAGAUGUGUUUGGCAAAGAAGGACAAUAUCAAGUAAUUCUGAAAAAAGUUGAAGUUCCUGUUGUUCCUCACCAAGAUUGCGAAGAAGCAUUACGAAAAACACGUUUAGGAAUCCAUUUUAACCUUCAUGAAAGCUUCAUUUGUGCAGGGGGAGAACGAGGAAAAGAUACUUGCAAGGGUGAUGGAGGAAGCCCAUUAGUUUGCCCAAUCAAGGAUGACCCACUACGUUAUCAACAAGUAGGAAUAGUAGCAUGGGGUAUUGGAUGCGGAGGAGAUGUGCCAGGAGUUUAUGUAAACAUUCCAUUAUUUAGAGAUUGGAUUGAUGAACAGCUUGCCAAAUUUGAGUUAGACAUUUCUGUUUAUAGUUAUUAAUAUUCCUGACAAGAAUUCACAAAUCAGAGAAUGUAUUUCAUAAUCAUUCCGACAAAUUUCAACUAAUUCACAUCAUCUACAUUCAUUCAUCAUCAAUUAUAUUUGCAUUGUUAUAUUGAAUCCAUCGUUCUAGAAUGGAAAUGUUUGGCUUUUACAUUUACAAUGUGGCCUGCCACACAGUAUUGUAUAAUAUAAGACUAUUGAUGUAUAAUAUGAAAUGAUAUAUGAUGUCAUUAUUAAUAAAUUAUAAUAUUAUUUGUACCUUUAAUUGCCAGCCUGCAUUCUAUAUUUUUACAGAUAUUGUCGAUAUCUUUCACCUCUUCAUAUCAUUGGUGUGCACAAACUGUGACACAUCUUAAAAAUCAUUGUUUUUUAGUUGAAUGAAGAAAUAAGCUGUGUUGGAAAAAUAUGCUCAAAAGUAAAAAUAAUUCAGAAAGGUGGAACAGACAACUGUCAGGAAAUAUAUUAAAAUACUUCCUUUUGCAACAAAUAAAGUAAUUAUCUCUUUGGUUUAAAAACAUUCUCCUGCAAAAUAAUGAUUUAGAGGUGUCUGUUUUUUUGUGAACUGAUCUAAGUUUCUUCCCUAUGAAUUCAGUAAGUUAUCUACUCAAUUGUGGUAAAAGUUUAGAAAAUACUUUUAAAUUUUAAUUUAAAUGAGUUGUUCAUGGUAAAAUGUAGCAAAAACUUGAAGAUUAUAAAUACCAAAACUAUUGUUUUCAUUAAAAAACUAAUAAACUUUGAAAGAAUGUUCUAUAUAAAUUGAAAUUUGUAUGAAAAUGUGAACAUUUACAAAAACUGAUACUAGAUUUUUAUCUUCCUUACUUUGAAUUUUAGAAUAUAACUUUAAGUACAAAACGUAUAGGUCCUUUUCUUUACAAGAAUGUGACUAUUUCACAUCAUGAUAAUAUGAAGAAUAUUCUAAAAAGAAGCAAUAAAAAAUGUGUACCUAUUUGUGGAAAAUAAAUAUCGAUAAGUAAUUCUUACCUUUGCUGAUGUAAACUGAUUUAACGCUUAAACACAGAAAUCUUGAGAAAUAGAAUGCCAGUUUCAGUUUCAAUUAUUUCAUCUCUCGAUAAAAAAAAUUAAAUUUAAUUGCUAUAAACAUCAUUCUAAUGACUAGUGAACUAAAAGAAUGUAUUCAAACAUAUCAAGAUCACAUGAAAUAUGGUUUCAUAAAAAAUAUUGUACAUUUAGUUUUGUGAUAUACAUUGACUUUUCAGACAGUGCUUUAUAAGUAAUUAUACUAUCUUGAAUAAACAAUGCAUACACAUUUGUUCAUCAACAAAGGAAAGGUUAGGGUAAUUGUAAUAACUUUAUUUUCAAUAAACCAAAAUACAAUUAUAUUUCAAAUAUGCCAUUAAUAUUACAGUCGU